AUGACGGACUAUUCGAGCUGGAAAGUUACCGAUUUGAAGGCUGAGCUGAAACGACGCGGCAUUCCCCAGACUGGCCUAAGAGUCAAGCAGAAUUUCAUUGAUCGACUGCUUCAAGCAGAUUCCACAGGACCGCCCGAACCGUCCACCGAAGCUCCUCCCUCCAGCGGCCCCCCUGAAGAACAUGCGCAGGAACCGAAAGAACCUGUUGAAUCAACUCAAGAUGUGACUGUCAACGAGCAAAAGCCAUUCAGUGUACCGGAUCGGGUCCCUGAAAAAUCUGGACCGGAAGGACAAGCAACCGCAGAAGCAUCGGAACCUGCGUCGCGUGGUCCAACUGAGGAUAUUGUGAUGAAAGAUGAAGUGGAGGGAGUAAAAGUUGCUCAGGGCUCGUCCCUCGAAGCGAAGGAACCGGGUCAAGAACCCGAGACACAAAAUUCAGCGCAGUUACAGGAAUCUGUGACAGAGCCAGCGGAAACCGAGACCGCGGCACCUGUUUCUGCCACCUCUCAAGAACCAGAACCUGUUAUUAAGGCCCCUUCUGAAGAGAAAACCGAUUCGAGAGAGCAUUCUGUAGAAGACUCCCGGAAACGGAAAAGGCGAAGUCAGAGCCCUCCCCCGUCACCUAAAACCUCCUCUUUGAAGAAAGCUAAAGCUGAGGGUGGAUUUCCGAGGGCUGUAUUGGGUGAGGAUGUCCAGGCUGAGAAGCCUGUCGCUUCUGAGGAAAUUGCUCCCCCAGAAGACGCAAAGAUGCAAGGUGUGGGCCCCGAGGUAUCUGAAGGCCUUGAGGAGCAAAAACCCGCGCCCCAGCCCGAACCGGCUACCCACAAAGAAGGUAACGAGGCCACAGAAACAGCUACUGUAACCCAAGGCGAACCCGAUGCCGAUAAAACGGAGGAGCAGCACGUCAGCAAGCAAGUGGCCGGAGAUGCUCGUUUCAAGGAUUUGUUCCCCGUCGUAAAUGGUGGUCAACCACGCUCCUCAUCUCCUAAAGCUCUAGCAGGAGAGGAAGAUGAAGAUCGCGUUGUGUCGCCCGCGCUUCACCCAGCAACAACAUCUUUGUACAUACGCAAUUUCAUGCGCCCUUUACAGCCUACAGUCCUCAAAAAGCAUCUUGCGUCCCUUGCAACUCCGCCGACUUCGUUAGUUGACCCUGAUAUCGUUCUUGAUUUCUUCCUGGACUCCAUAAAGACACAUUGCUUUGUUACUUUUAAAAACGUUUCCGCAGCCUCUCGGGUUCGCUCUGCACUUCAUGGAACCAUUUGGCCUGAUGAGCGAACACGAAAACCUCUCUGGGUUGAUUUCAUCCCCGAAGAGAAAGUCAAAGAAUGGAUCGGAAUUGAACAGGAUUCAGGCAGUGGCGCGAGAGGGGCUCCACGUUGGGAAGUUGUCUACGACGAGGCCGAGGAGGGUAUUACAGCUUCCCUCCAAGAAGUCGGGCCUGCAAACCAAGUUCCAGCUCUCCAUCAUCGUGAUCCUGCUCAAAACCUAGGUCGGGAACCACCGUUAGGUCCCCGUGCAACACACGGUCCUAUGUUUCGGGACAACAAAGCCGCUGCACCGCCAGCUGCGCCCACUAGAUACGCAGGAGAGGGCUUCAAGGCACUUGAUGACCGGUUCCUCUCCACAGCUGCGAAGCCGAAACUAUAUUAUCAACCUGUCCCACUAGAGGUAUCGGAAAAGCGACUGGAUCGGUUUGCGGAUCUUUACCGGGCUGGACCUAAACCCCGACGUGGAACUGAUGAGAUGCGAAAAUAUACUUUCGAAGACACAGAUUUUUUCGUGGACAAGGGUCCGGAAUAUGGAAGCCGUGGACGGAGGAGGGGUGGCAGGGGUGCACGGUUUAGGGACCGAGGAGAUUUUAGAGAUAGUUGGCGCUGA